AUGGAAUUCAAGAUCAAUUUGGAACCAAUCAUGUUGGGCAUUUUCAUUAGCCCAUCAAGAAUAGUUAAUGUUAGCAGUAUGGCUCAUAAACAUGUGCCUAAGGGUGGAAUAGAAUUUGAUAAAAUAAGUGAUCCAGAUGCUCAAGCACCAGUAGUACAUUAUAGACUAUCAAAACUUUCAAAUAUUUUAUUUACAGUUGAAUUGAAUAAAAGGCUUGAAGGAAAACAAGUUGUGGUGGUAACUGGUGGCAACACGGGUAUUGGGUACGUUACGUGUAGAGAGCUGGCAAGAAAAAAUGCGCAUGUAUUUGUUUUAAGUCGUAGUAUCGAAAGAGGCACAGCAGCUGUUGAAAAGAUUAAACAAGAAACAAAAAAUCCAAAAGUAGAGUUUUUACAAUUGGAUCUACAAAGUUUAAAAUCUGUUAAAGAAUGCGCUGAAUCUUUUUUGGCUCGAAAAUUACCUUUACAUGUUUUGAUCAAUAAUGCUGGUAUAAUGGCAACUAAAUUUUCUUUAACUGUUGAUGGAAUUCAAGAUCAAUUUGGAACCAAUCAUGUUGGGCAUUUUUAUCUUACAAAAUUACUUUUACCAACAAUUGAAGCAUCAGCUCCAUCAAGAAUAGUUAAUAAUGGAAUAGAAUUUGAUAAAAUAAAUGAUCCAAAUGCUCAUUCACCAAUAGAACGUUAUGGAGUAUCAAAGCUUUCAAAUAUUUUAUUUACAGUUGAAUUAAAUAAAAGGCUUGAAGGAAAACAAGUUUAUGCCAAUUCUUUACAUCCAGGAUCUAUACAUACUGAAUUGUUCAGAGGUAUUAUAGAUAAUUGGGGUAGAUGGGUAGUCCCAUUUCUUAGUCUUGUAAAUUAUGCACUCCUUACACCUGAUGAUGGGGCAUUGACUACAUUAUAUUGUGCAACAAGUCCUGAGAUUGAAGAAAAGAACUUUCAUGGAAAAUAUUUCAUUCCAUUUGGUGUAGAAUCUCUGCCAGGUGAUAAUGGCAAAGACGAAGAACUGGCAAAAAAAUUAUGGCAAUUUACUGAUGAUCUAGUGAAUGAAAAACUAAAAGACAUAAAAUAG